AUGCAAGCCCUCCGCACCUUGCGACUUCCAAGUCGCGCAACCCUACCCUCCCAGCGCCAGCAUGUGUCCCACCAAUUCAAGACAAGCACGAGGACAAUAAUUACAACACAACGACCAAGUCUGCACCGAAAUCUACUCCCAACCAAUGGCACCAAAACUACUACCCGAGCAUUUGGCCUUCCCGACCUAUCCUCCUUCCUCCCCAACAGCAACAAUAACAACAACAACUCCCCGCACCGCGUCCUAACCGCCACCCGCAACCUUCCCUACAACCCAACCCUGCUAUACAAAGUGAUCUCUUCUGUCGAAGCCUACAGCCAAUUCCUCCCCUUCCUCACCGCCUCGACUGUGACAGCGCGGGAUCCGGAAACAGGGUACCCAACACAAGCGUUCCUGACAGUUGGCUACGGCCCGCUCAGCGAGACGUUCACGUCGCGCGUGAUCUGCGACGUAGAGAAGCUGACUGUGGAGGCUAAGAGCGGGGCCAACUAUGGUAAAGAGGGGCAGGCUGGUAAGAGCUCUUCUUCGUCCGGGCUGAGCGGGUUCCUCCCCGGCGCAAAUGAGGGCCUCUUCGAGUACCUAGUUACGAAGUGGGAGCUGGUACCGGUUUCGCCUGCUGGGACGCAGGGUGGGCCGUUGACUAAGGUCAAUUUGGAGGUGCGGUUUGAGUUUCGUUCGCAGAUGCAUGCUACUCUUAUGAGUGCUGUUGAGGGGCAGAUGGCUGGGGUUAUGAUUGAGGCUUUUGAGAAGCGGAUACGGGAGGUUGAGGGUAAAGGGCAAUAG